AUGCCGGGGUCACUAGCAGACUACCUCGCGAAAAACUACCUCAAUGCAGAUCCCGCGCCAGAGCGACCCAAAAAGAAGCGCAAGAAGACCAAAGCUACAGACACGGCCGAGUCAGGUCUGAUCAUUGCGGACGAUGAUGCUCCAGUUUUCGGCAACGCUCGUCCCCUCGAAGAUGACGAGUACAAACCAUCCAUCGAUACCUCUGUAACGAGCGCUGAAUUUCGACGCGCCAAAAGAUCCGGCUGGAAGACUAUCGGCGGGACGCCAACUGCACCUCCUCGAGACUCUGACCAAGAAGCCGCCGAUGCAAUCCUCGCUUCUGCGGCUGCAGAACGAGCCGCCAGACAGGCGGAUGAUGAUGACGAUGCGCCCAUGAUUGAAAAUGGUGGGGACGAGGACUACGGGCCGCGUAUGGAGUCUGGAGUUCGCGCCGGUCUUCAGACCGCGGCUGAUACCGCCGCAAUGGUCAAGGCGCAGGAGCGGCGCAAGAAGGCAGAAGAGGCGCUCUACAAGGAUCCUGCAGCGGCAGAUGCGAAAUCUCAAGAAACGAUCUAUCGUGAUGCCUCCGGUCGGAUCAUCAACGUGCAAAUGAAACGCGCCGAAGCCCGUCGAGCCGAAGCGGAGAAGAAAGCAAAGGAGGAUGCUGCUCGUGAAGCCCUCAUGGGCGAUGUCCAGCGGCAGCAGCGUGAAGUGAGGAAACAAGAACUUCAAGAUAUCCGAUCCAUGCCUGUUGCGCGAGGCAUUGACGAUGAGGCGCUGAACGACGAGCUGAAGGAUGUCGCAAGGUGGAAUGACCCCGCGGCGCAGUUCCUGACACAGAAGAAGGGGCCUGGCGCAAGUGUGUCAGGGAAGCCACUAUACAAGGGCUCGUUCCAGCCUAACCGAUAUGGUAUUCGACCGGGCCAUCGGUGGGACGGCGUGGACCGCUCGACUGGGUUUGAGAAGGAGUGGUUUGCUGCGAGGAACAAGAAAAGCCGAUUCGAGGCUCUUGAGUAUCAAUGGCAGAUGGACGAGUAA